AUGCGUUCGACUACUACGGGGGGUGGCUCGGGCUGGCGCGUUCACCCCCCGCAGCCUGGAGACGAGCAGCGCCUCAGCGAAGCCUUGCAGGAAGUCCUCGGUCGCAGCUGCAACAAGCUCUGCGCGGACUGCGGCGCAAAGCAUCCGAGAUGGGCAUCUGUCAACCUCGGGGUCUUCAUCUGCCUCGAGUGCAGCGGAGUUCACCGCAAGAUGGGCGUUCACAUCAGCAAAGUGAAGUCCGCGACCCUGGAUCGGUGGACAUGGCCCUGGAUUGAAACCGUCCGCAGCAUUGGCAACGAGGUCGCGAAUGCGUACUACGAGUUCAGGCUGCCGAAGGACUACAAGAAGGCCACGAGAGGCGACGACCCCACUACGAUGGAGAACUGGAUCAGAAUGAAAUACGAACGCAAGUCGUUCGUGCCCAAAGGCUACCCCGAACCUUGGCAGGCCGUCGAAUCUGGCGCUGAUCCGCGAGUCCAGUGUUUCCCUGCGUCGUCGACGUCCGAGGAAGCGAGCCCUAGAGAGUCUGCAGCCGAUGCGAAAAAGACCAAAGUGAAGAAAGAAAAGAAGAAAGAGGCCUCCUCAGAGACGAGCGAGAGUCAGGCGACCUCUUCAGAAGCGUCUUCUCGCAGCCAGAGGAGCGCGAGGCCAUCGGCGCGUGAAAAAACGGCGACGGCCGCAGCGAGUCUCAUGGCCCUGGCGGAGAGCUUCGCGUCCUUCGGUGUCUCUGAGGCGUCGUGCGGCGCGUCUCCUGCGGACCCGGCGUCGGCGUUUCCGCCCGCCUCCGCGUUCGCCGCCUCCUUCUCUUCGCCUGAGGAGACCGGCUCGCCGCCGAGUGGGACUGAGCCAGACGCGGGGGUGCAUGCACAGUUCUGGCAGAGCGCCUCGGAGGCCGACAGAAAAGUUCAAGCGGCAAAAAUGGCCAUCGCGGCGCUCUACAGCAACCCCGCCAACUCGGGUCUCUCGAGUGCGCCGCCGAGCGGCUCCCCGGCGGCUGCGUCGAAUGGUGUCGGGUUCCUGGCGUCAGUCCCUUUCGCGUCCGCGGCGGCAGGGCCUGUGGGCUCCACGAGCGCAGGGCCGCUCGCCGACUGGCCCGGAAGCGGCUUGUCCCCCCCAGCCGCGUCUUCGGCUGUCUCCUCGGCGCCGUGGCAGGGUGCAUGGUCCGCCGCGCCCGCGACCUCCUCAGGGCCGCAGAACGGCCUUUCGGGAGAGUCGGCGGAUGCCUCCAACCUCGCCUCAUCUUGCCCUACUUCUGUGUCUUCCACUCCCAGCGCGGGAGCUCAGCCGCCCAUUUUCGGCGGCGCAUCGCCCGCGUCGCCCUUUGCCUCCUUCCCUGAUUUCGGGGGUGCCGCGAAGGCUGCGAGAGAGUCGGAUGCCGCCCGCUACAAAGGCGGCGUCUCCGCCCCAGGCGGUCCUGCCAUGAAGCUGGGCGAGGUGAGUGUGUGGGAUAUUUCUCCCGCGAGUGCGCCGAAGGGCACGAAUGCGUUUUCGUCGCUUAACUCGUUGGAUGCCUUCGCCCUGGCGGGGAAGGUUCAGGCCCAUCAGAAGGCACCAGCCAAGGCAGCCGGCGCGCCGGCGGGGAGUGGUGGCGUGCAGACAACCGCGGCUCCAUCCAACUCCGCAUUUAGAGCCUUCGCGGGGGCUGGCUGGAGCGCGACGCCGAGUGCGCCGGCGCCGACGCAGGCUCGGAGUGAAAACACCGAGGAGUUGCUCCUCAUUUAG